AUGAAACAUCACUCUCUUCUUGUCUGAUACUUCCCAUAAACGCCAAACAAAACCCUAGAUAUCUCCUUCAUUUCUCAAACCAACUAUCAUUGAUUUUCAAUUCAAUCAAACCGUAGCCUUUCCAAUGGCUUCUGCCACUGCCACGUGCUCCCCCAGCUCUCUCCAGCUCCGACUGGCUCUCAAUUGCAGGAAUUGCGGGAAUUCCCCUGCAAUGCUCAUUCGCUCUCGUUUCAAGAAGCUCAAUCAUCCAGUUCGCCUUUUCUGCUAUAUGCCAACCGGGGGACAGCGUCGUGAUGGAAAUUCAUGGAUCAGGUCGAACUCCACGAGUGAUACCUUUUCCGGGUGGUCCAGUUCGGAUAAUGAUGGUGAAAAGUCGCUUGAAUCGCAGAGAAAGAAGUGGUUUGGAGGGAUUGUGGGUGCCGGAGUGGCUGGAGUGGUUCUGCUUGCGGGGCUUUUCUUUGCUGCAUUGUCUCUGAGCAAGCGGAGCACUUCCAGAGUAAAACCGGAAAUGGAACUGUUGACAGCUCAGCAGGAAGUUUCAUUGGCCUCUAAUAAUGAGAAAGUUAAAGUUGACGAGGAUGGAGAUGGAGAUGGGGAGCGUGAUGUGAAGCUAGAUGAUAACAGUGUGGAAAGCAAGACAGGUACAGAUAAUGUUCCUUCUUCUUCUGAAUAUAAUGAAGUUCCCAGUGAAAAUAAAAUUGCCAGCAAUACUGAAAAACUGUCAGUAGAUGAUGUCAAUUAUGCAUCUAGUGGCAUUAAUGUCAUUGAUAAUGCUUCCAUUCAAGAAGAUUUGCAACAUGAAUCAGCUUUCCAUGACAUCUCAGUUGCUCCUGAUGAAACAAAAUUGCUUGAACCUGAUGCCGUUGGUGGUUCCUUUAUUGCCCCUAGCCUUAAAGAUUCAGAUGACAGCAUAGAUGCAUGUUUACCUGAAUCUACUUCUGAAGUCAGUAAAGACAACCUUGUAAAUGUUGAACCAACCAACUUGUCUAAUCCAACCGACCUUAGCAGUGAUCAUCAGGAGGGUUUGCCCGGAUCAAAUGUUUCCAAUGUUUCAUUGGAUUCCACUUCUGCUUCCAGUGCUCAUACACCCACUGAGCCUGUGGCUGUGAUUGUAUCAGUCAGUUCAGACACAAUUUUAGAACCUGAGAUAGUGCCCAAAGAUCUCAUGGAGGCUGUAUCCUCACCUUCAUCCAUAGAAAAUCUUGAACUUGGUGAAAAGGUACAAGCCUCGGGUGAAAGAAAUAAUUCUUCCCUGGAAGUUCAUAACUUCAGUGAGAGUGGGUUUUCUGGAACAGCAUCUGUGUCAGAAUCAUCCAAUCCAUUUUCAAAUGAAAAGGAGACAUAUCAUCAAAAUGAGAUUUAUGAAAGCAGCUCAUAUUCUGUACCACCUACUAGGAGUUCAUUCUCCCCUGCUGGUAUACCUGCUCCAUCUGUAGUUUCUGCAGCUCUACAGGUGCUUCCUGGGAAGGUUCUGGUUCCUGCAGUUGUUGAUCAGGUUCAGGGGCAGGCACUAGCAGCACUGCAAGUGUUGAAGGUUAUCGAGGCUGAUGCUCAACCUACUGAUCUUUGCACUCGUCGUGAGUAUGCUCGUUGGUUGGUGUCUGCAAGUAGCGUUCUUUCUAGGAAUACAGUUUCAAAAGUGUAUCCCGCAAUGUAUAUCGACAAUGUUUCAGAACUUGCAUUUGAUGACAUUACCCCCAAAGACCCUGAUUUUUCAUCCAUUCAAGGCUUGGCAGAAGCAGGGCUUAUCUCAAGCAAGCUUUCUCAACGUGAUUUGUUUAAUGAAGAUCCAGGCCCACUCUGCUUCUCUCCUGAAAGCGCAUUAUCACGUCAGGAUCUUGUAAGUUGGAAGAUGGCCCUUGAGAAAAGACAACUCCCAGAAGCUGACAGAAAGAUCCUACACCAACUUUCUGGUUUCAUUGACAUUGAUAAAAUAAACCCAGAUGCGUGGCCUGCACUUAUAGCUGAUUUGUCUGCGGGAGAACAGGGAAUAAUGGCUCUUGCUUUUGGUUGCACAAGACUCUUCCAGCCAAAUAAACCUGUCACAAAAGCCCAAGCUGCUGUUGCAAUUGCAACUGGGGAGGCUUCUGACAUAGUUAGUGAUGAGCUUGCACGAAUUGAAGCAGAAUCUGCAGCAGAGAAUGCAGUUUCUGCCCAUAAUGCUUUGAUAGCUGAAGUUGAGAAGGAUAUCAAUGCAAGUUUUGAGAAAGAGCUUUCCAUGGAAAGGGACAAGAUUGAUGCUGUGGAGAAAAUGGCUGAAGAGGCAAGACAGGAAUUGGAAAGGUUGAAAGCAGAGAGAGAGGGGAACAGAAUUGCCUUGAUGAAGGAGCAUGCUGCUAUUGAAUCAGAAAUGGAAAUUCUGUCAAAGUUACGGCGUGAAGUGGAGGAGCAGUUGGAGAGCCUUAUGAGUAACAAGGUAGAGAUAUCAUAUGAAAAGGAAAGAAUUAGCAAACUUAGAAUAGAAGCAGAGAAUGAAAACCAGGAGAUUGCGAGGUUACAAUAUGAGCUGGAGGUUGAGCGGAAAGCCUUGUCUAUGGCUAGGUAAGAAAAAAAUGAUUUUAUUUGC